GCUUCCGCAAGUGCGUUGCGUGUGCGUUUUAGAUAGAGAUAUGUGGAGUUAGCUUGCUUAUAGUUGAUUCUUUGGUAACUAACGUAAAAUAAAAAAUACUAUUAAUAAUAAAACUGAAAAAUAAGCUGAACGCCAGACGACUUCGGUGGGAGGAUGGCUCUCUCCAAGCGUGAGCUGGAUGAGCUCAAGCCAUGGGUGGAGAAGACAGUGAAGCGUGUUCUGGGAUUCUCAGAACCCACAGUUGUAACAGCAGCCUUGCAUUGUGUUGGCAAAGGAAUGGAUAAGCGGAAAACUACAGACCAGUUAAAGCCUUUCUUGGAUGAAUCCACUUCAAAGUUUGUGGAUAGACUGUUUGAAGCCAUGGAAGACUGUCGUAGUUCCAGACAUUCCAAGUCCAGCAGUGAAAAGAACCGGAAAAGGGAUCUGAAAGAUGUAUUUGGGGAUGAUCAGGAGAUUGCUCGUGAAGCUGCUGGCGAUGUGGCGGUCAAAAAGAAAAGAGUACCAAGAUUUGAAGAGGUUGAGGAACCAGAGGUCAUACCAGGACCACCAUUGGAAAGUCCGGGUAUGCUGACCAAAGUACAGAUCAAGCAAAUGAUGGAAGCAGCUACAAGACAAAUUGAGGAGAGGAAAAAGCAGCUCAGUUUUGUUGCACCGGUUUCUGUCCCAUCGCGAGUUUCUGUGGUUACACCUGAUCCUCCUGCUAGGGGACAAACAAUCCAACCAUCCCAGGCUGUAACAUUCAUGAAUGAUGCCAUUGAGAAAGCCAAGAAGGCAGCAGAACUUCAGGCUCGUAUCCAGUCCCAGUUUGCUUUAGGUAGCAUGCUUGUAGGAACUAAUAAUUUGGUUGGUCUGGCGAAUCUUCAUGCCAUGGGAAUUGCACCACCGAAAGUAGAAGCACGAGAUAUAACAAAACCCACACCACUAAUCUUAGAUGAACUUGGUCGAACAGUAGAUGCAAGUGGAAAUAAAAUUGAGCUUACACAUCGUAUGCCAACUUUGAAGGCCAAUAUCCGAGCUGUCAAACGUGAACAGUUUAAGCAGCAGUUAAAAGAACGACCUGCUGAUGACUUGGAAUCCACAUCAUAUUUUGACCCUAGAGUCCCUAAUGUUGCUGCUCAGCGUCCAAAACGAAGCUUCAAAUUUCAUGAUAAAGGUCGUUUUGAGAAGAUUGGACAGCGUGUUCGUGCAAAGGCACAGCUGGAGAGAUUGCAAAUGGAAAUUGCCCAAACAGCAAAGAAGACAGGAAUCCAUGCUUCUACUAAGCUCGCUCUCAUAGCCCCUAAGAAGGAGAUUAAGGAGGGAGAUGUGCCUGAUAUAGAGUGGUGGGACUCUUACUUGGUCCCUCCUGGUAUGGAGCUAACUCCAGAGAAUCUCUCUAAGGAGCAAGAUAUAUUUGAUUUAUCAAAUCUUGUAGAGCAUCCAGCACAGAUGGGCCCACCAGUGGACACAGACAAACCUGUAACAUUGGGAGUAUACCUAACAAAGAAAGAGCAAAAGAAAUUAAGACGUCAGACUCGUCGAGAGGCACAGAAAGAGUUACAGGAGAAGGUGCGCCUUGGACUGAUGCCUCCCCCUGAGCCCAAAGUUCGAAUCUCCAAUCUUAUGAGAGUUCUUGGAACAGAGGCCGUGCAAGAUCCUACUAAGGUGGAAGCCCAUGUUAGAGCUCAAAUGGCAAAAAGACAAAAAGCUCAUGAAGAGGCAAAUGCAGCUAGAAAGCUGACUGCUGAGCAGAGAAAAGAAAAGAAGGUGAAAAAACUGAAGGAAGACUUGACAACUGGUGUCCAUGUUUGUGUAUACAGGAUAAGAAAUUUAACUAACCCUGCAAAGAAAUUCAAGGUGGAAGCCAAUGCAGGGCAACUGUAUCUAACUGGAACCGUGGUUUUGCACAAGGAUGUCAAUGUAGUUGUGGUUGAGGGAGGUCCAAAAGCUCAAAAAAAGUUUAAGAGAUUAAUGCUUCACAGAAUUAAAUGGGACGAACAGACUUCAAACUCAAAGAAUGAUGAUGGUGAAGCCUCUGAUGAAGAAACCGUGAAGAAAAAUAACAAGUGCUCUCUAGUUUGGGAGGGAACAGCAAAAGAAAGAAGUUUCGGAGAUAUCAAAUUUAAACAGUGUCCAACAGAAAACAUGGCAAGGGAACACUUUAAAAAACAUGGCACUGAACAUUAUUGGGAUUUGGCACUGAGUGAAUCUGUGUUGGAAUCUACAGAAGACUGAACUUACUCACAUGCAAAUGGACUGACAAAGAUGGGCCAAGGAAAUGCACCGGAAGUAAUAUCAUCUAAACAGGAUUUUCCACUUGCCAUAAAUAUAUUGUUUUACCUUUUCCUGCAAAUUCAUUUAGUUUGGAAAAUAAAUAAAUGUAAGAUAUUACCUAAUGGGUUGUAUUGUUGCAUAACAGCUUGUUGUAAAAGUGUACAUAUUUGAAUCAAUAAAAACUGCAAAGAUUAAUUGAAAAAGCAGAGGGUGUGUAAUGUGUACCUUGGAAGAUUCAUGUGAAAUUUGGUUUUGUGUACAAAAAUAAAAAUAUUUGCCUAGAAUAAAUUCCAUUUUCAGGAAAGCGAGGUAUUUAUUGAGCAGUUAUUUAUAAACUAUUAUCUUUACUGUUUUUUCUUCUGAAGGUAAAACUUUGCAUUUGAUUUGGACAGUAAUAUUUGAAAUUAUACCUGUUCUGUGCAAGUAUAUUUAUUUUCUACCACUGAUAUGUCUUGUCUUUUUUAACUAUACAUUUGUUGAAAUCUCAGACAUUUAGAAGAUUCAUUUUAGAUUCAACAGUGGCAUGAUUUUUUGACAUGUUCAAUGGUUAUCAUUUGGUUUCACGAUAAACUGAGAUCCUCCGAUAGGCUGCUAUAAACACCAUGAAAAUGUGCUCAGUAAGUGAUGUGUAUUAAGUGCUUCCAUUUUGGACUGAAGUUUUUAACUUUUUUGUAAAGCAUAUUUUUUCAAUGUUACACAGUUUUACAUGACAUAUUGAACACUGCAAGCUUGUACCAUUUUAAUUAAAGCAUAAUAAUGCAACUGA